CGUUUCUAACUUCGCAACAGACUUCUCUCGUUUUUAGAGAGAGAGAGAGAGAGAGCUUAAGAGUUUUUUUUUAGACAGCUCUUCAAAUAAAUCAGCCGUGAGUUUCUCGGUUUCUUCGCUCCCUCAAACUCAAUCUCAGCCCUCCAUCUCUCUCUCUCUCUCUCUCUUACCACCUCUGGUUUGUUCUCUUCCUCAAUUCUGUGCCCGUUAUCUCUUUUUAUACAACUCCCUCUUCGAUUUCGGUUCUUCGGCCAAUUUUUGUUGGUCGGUUAAGAUGGUUUUGCUGAUAUAUUGUAGUGAAGCCUAGGCGCUUGUUUUCAAGGGCUCUGCUUCCUCCGCCAUCUUCUUCCGUAAAUGGGCUGUCUUCAGUCUACUGGAAGAAGACAGGUUCCAGGACACGAGGACCCAAUUGUUCUUGCUUCACAAACUGCUUUUACUGUUAGUGAAGUUGAAGCACUUUUUGAGCUUUACAAGAGCAUUAGCAGUUCUGUAAUUGAUGAUGGGUUGAUAAACAAGGAAGAAUUUCAGUUGGCACUUUUCAAGAACAGGAAGAAAGAGAAUCUCUUUGCAAAUCGGAUCUUUGAUCUGUUUGAUGUUAAGAGGAAGGGAGUCAUUGAUUUCGGUGACUUUGUUAGAGCACUUAAUGUCUUCCAUCCCAAUGUUCCUCAGGAAGACAAGAUUGAUUUUUCAUUUAAGCUCUAUGAUUUGGAUAAUACAGGCUAUAUUGAACGACAAGAGGUCAAGCAAAUGUUAAUUGCACUUCUAUGUGAAUCUGAAAUGAAGUUGGCUGAUGAGACCAUUGAGAUGAUACUUGAUAAGACUUUCUUGGAUGCUGAUGUGGACAAAGAUGGGAAGAUAGACAAGUCGGAGUGGGAUAAUUUCGUGGUUAAGAAUCCAUCAUUAUUAAAGAUCAUGACCCUCCCCUAUUUGAGGGACAUAACAACGACAUUUCCAAGUUUUGUGUUUAACUCUGAGGUUGAUGAGAUUGCAACAUAAAAUGGAAAUAGCUUAGGAACAUUAUCCAAUUAGUGUGGAUGAUAUUUGGGUGGAAUUUUUUAGUAUAAUCUUUUGGGAGGAAAAAGAAAGGUACUGUUUUGUAACUUUUGUUUUUGUCUCCCCCCUCCCUCUUUUUUCCCUGGAAGAGUAGGUUGAUGUAAUACAAUUGUUAUUUACAUCGGCUUAUGAAGUGUAGGUAGAUAUGCAUAUAAAUUUAGCCGGACUCAGGCAAUUGUAAAACAACAUUAUAAUUGGAAAGUUGUAGCCAAUUUUCUUUUAAAUAGUGUUGAAUUGAAAUAUUAA